CUAAUUUCUCUUCUCCGUUCUAGCAAAUACUGAAACCGCAACUAUGGCAGUUCUAUAACCACAUUUUGGCAAACUGCAAGAAAACAUGUUCAGCAACAAUUGACAGUGCUGAACCCGAGCUGAAUUUUCGUACAACUGUCAACGACUUGCGAUCCACGCAAACGACCAUCGACGAACAUCCUGCGCUACGGGGUCAUAGUAUUCCCACCAAUUUCGUGACAAUCGUUAAAAGAAGAACGCCAAAGUGUUCAAUAUAGGACUCUCGGAGACUGCAGUUAUGGACAUAAUGGCAUCCAACUUGCAACAGCAGCGGGCGAUCGUGGAGCAAUUACGACGCGAGGCGGCUCUGCAAAGGAUGCCCGUCUCGCAAGCGUGUGCCGAUAUCAUAAAGUAUGUGACGGAACACGACCAGGAGGAUUGCCUGCUCAACGGCUUCUCGAGCCAGAAAGUGAAUCCAUUCCGUGAGAAGAGUUCCUGCACAAUUCUGUAAGGAGGUGCGCCGGGGAGUCGUGGACCCUCGCCGCAGCCGCGAUGGAUGGAAGGAAACAUUCGCCUGGAUACUCAGGAUGCGCCCGCGCCAUUCCCAUCGUAUUGUGUCGUUCGUUUGUAUCCUAUUUCUAUCUCGUAAUUUAUUUUUAAUUAGAAAACUUUGGUUUGAAUCUUAUUUUUAGCAAAAUCGAUGAUUUAUUUCUGCGCAUUUACUUUUUAAUAUAGUCGCCCGCGGAAAGCGGUUGCUUUAUUGGUUUUUCUAAUUAUAACUUUGUAAAGUAUACAAAAUGUAGCGAAAUAUAUGUGUAAGCAAAAAA